GCCAAUCAAAUUCCUAAUCAAACGGGAAAUUUCGGUCGUGCAGAUUCUUGUUUUAUCUUCCAUUCUCGUUGCAUGUUCAUGUGCUUUUCUUACAGCCUCUGGUGUAUUCAUCUAUAAAUUUCGAGUUCUAAGAUACAAAAGGCUGCUGGAAAUGGGAGAUUUGGGCCUAACCAGAGAGCUUAUGUUGACGUCGUUUUCAUACAAGGAACUCAAGAGAGCCACAAAUGGAUUUAAACAAGAGUUGGGUAAGGGAUCGUUUGGAGCAGUCUACAAAGGAACUCUAGACCGAGGAAGAAAGCCGAUCGCCGUGAAGAGACUGGAGAAGUUAGUGGAAGAAGGUGAAAAAGAGUUCCAAGCAGAAACAAGAGCAAUCGGUAGAGCUCACCACAGAAAUUUAGUUCGACUAUUGGGAUACUGUGUCGAGGAUUCCAAGAGGCUUUUGGUGUAUGAGUACAUGGGCAAUGGGUCCCUUGCAGACCUACUUUUCAAGUCAACAAGGCGCCCAUCUUGGAAUGAAAGAAGGAGAGUAGCCCUAGAUGUUGCUAGAGGACUCCUCUACUUACAUGAGGAAUGUGAGACACCAAUCAUUCACUGUGAUAUAAAGCCGCAAAACAUAUUGAUGGAUGAUUCAUGGAGAGCUAAAAUUUCAGACUUCGGGCUGGCAAAACUGUUGAUGGGAGAUCAUACAAGGACAUUCACAGUAGUGAGGGGAACUAGAGGGUACAUGGCACCAGAAUGGAAUAGAAACACUCCGAUCUCAGUGAAGGCCGACAUUUACAGUUUCGGAAUCGUGCUACUGGAAACGGUGUUUUGCCGACGAAACUUGGACACCAAUGUGUCAAAACCAGAGGAGAUCAUUCUGUCGAGACUGGUGUAUAGAUGCUUGGUUGAAAGAGAGGUGGAUAAGCUUGUGGGUGAUGAACAAGUGGACAAGGAAAGCUUGGAAAGAAUGGUGAUGGUGGCACUCUGGUGCAUUCAAGACGAACCAGCUCUUCGUCCUUCAAUAAAUACUGUAGUUAUGAUGCUGGAAGGGAUUACUGAUAUAUGUAUUCCUCCAUGUCCAGAUGCUUCCUCCAUGUAAUUCAGGU